AUUUGUAAAGGAUAAAAGACAUACAUGUUUAUAACCACAACAAUACUAUUGCAUUUCAAAUUAUCAUAAGGAAUAUAGAUGUAAUCUUUCAAUUUUUUGCAAAUGUCAAUGCAACAUUAGGACAGACCCACCCAUAUGCCUUUAACAACAUAAUUUAUUAAAAUUGGUUGCAAUGAAUGCAUCGUUUCAAUCGUAUACAGAUAUACUUGCGUCACAUCAUCAAGAUUCCUCCAGUCCUGAGAACUUUCCUGUACUUAUUGGUUAUAGAAGUUCCACCUAUACUAAAGAUUUAACAGAGACCACUUCCAAUAUUACAUCGUCCCAGUUGUUCAUGGAUGACUCUUCAAACGAUUUCACGAAUCAUCAGUUAAUUCAUCCUAACACGUUAACAAAAGUGUGUGGAGGUUGUGGAGAUAAAAUAAGUGAUAGAUAUCUUUUGUAUGCUCUAGACAGAUAUUGGCAUAAUGGUUGUCUAAAAUGUCAUUGUUGUGGAGCAAUGCUAGCAGAGGUUGGCUCAAGUUGUUUUACAAGGCGAGGCCUAAUACUUUGUAAAAAAGACUACUCCAGUAUGUUUGGUUGCUCUGGUGUUUGUUCUGGAUGUGGAGAAUCUAUUCCGCCAAGUGAAAUGGUAGCCAAAGCUCUUAGUGGAAUAAAUAAUAUCGAUAUACAAAGUCAACAAAAGCAAAUUGUGAAUUGUGUAUUUCAUUUAAGAUGUUUUAGCUGCGCAAAAUGUGGCUCGAAUUUGCGGCCAGGUGAUAGAUAUACAAUGUUGGGAGCCAGUUUAGUGUGCGAGCAGGAUUGGCAUAAAUUGCUUAAAAGUCCUGCAAACUCUAAUGGAACGCUAGGACAACGAAAAGGAAAAGUGGGACGACCAAGAAGGUCGAAGGACUAAUCCCAUUUAUUUCAUACUUUGAAUAAAUACUUAUUUAAAAUCA